AUGAGUGCAUUAAGAACCGUGACAAGAUCAGCAUCCAGAACAUCUGUGUUGUACAACAGUGUUCGUGCUUACUCUACAAAGGAGCCAGUAAGUUUUUUUGCGGUGUAUGGACAACUAACGAUUUCAAGACUCUUAAGGAGAGAUUUGCCGAGCUUUUGCCUGAAAAGCAGGCCGAAGUUAAGGAACUCAAGUCCAAAAGUUUUGCUGGACCAGGCCUACGGUGGUAUGAGAGGAAUCAAAGGUUUGGUUUGGGAAGGAUCUGUUUUGGACCCUGUUGAAGGAAUUCGGUUCAGGGGAAGAACCAUUCCAGACAUCCAAAAAGAACUCCCUAAGGCCGAAGGUGGUGAACAGCCACUUCCAGAAGCAUUGUUCUGGCUCCUGUUGACCGGCGAGGUCCCAACUGCCGCCCAGACCAAGGCUUUCUCCGAGGAGCUUGCUGCCAGAUCCAAGCUGCCAAAGCAUGUGGAAGAGCUCAUUGAUAGAUCUCCAGCUACUUUGCACCCAAUGGCUCAAUUCUCGAUUGCUGUCACCGCUUUGGAGUCCGAGUCGCAAUUUGCCAAGGCUUACGCUGCCGGUGUCAACAAGAAAGAAUACUGGAAAUACACCUACGAGGACUCCAUCGAAUUGUUGGCCAAGCUGCCAAACAUUGCUGCUCGCAUCUACAGAAACGUUUUCAAAGACGGCAAGGUUGCUUCUGUGGACCCAACUUUGGACUACGGUGCCAACUUCGCUCACUUGCUUGGCUACGGCUCGAACCCAGAGUUCUUGGAGCUGAUGAGACUGUACUUGUCGAUCCACUCUGAUCACGAGGGUGGUAACGUUAGUGCACACACCACCCACUUGGUUGGAUCUGCUCUGUCGUCGCCAUUUUUGUCUCUCGCUGCUGGACUGAACGGAUUGGCCGGCCCAUUGCACGGAAGAGCCAACCAAGAAGUGCUUGAGUGGCUCAAGGGCAUGCAAAAGGAGCUCAAGGGUGACAUCUCCAAGGAGAACAUUGAGAAAUACCUCUGGGAGACCCUGAACGCCGGACGUGUUGUUCCAGGUUACGGACACGCCGUUUUGAGAAAGACCGACCCAAGAUACACUGCACAAAGAGAGUUCGCUUUGAAACACAUGCCAGACUACGAUCUGUUCAAGCUUGUUUCCAACAUUUACGAGGUUGCACCAAAGGUGCUGACCAAGCACGGUAAGACCAAGAACCCAUGGCCAAAUGUCGACUCUCACUCUGGUGUGCUGUUGCAGUACUACGGAUUCACCGAGGAGUCGUUCUACACCGUGCUGUUUGGUGUGGCUAGAGCGUUUGGUGUUCUUCCGCAAUUGAUCAUCGACAGAGGUAUCGGUCUUCCGAUCGAGAGACCAAAGUCUUUCUCCACCGAGAAGUACAAGGAGUUGGUGCUGGGUUUGAACAAGGCAUGA